AUGGCCGAUCCCAAUCCCAAUCCCAAUCCUUCCGUUCCGUCUUCCGACACACCUUACCAGCCAUACAUGGACGUUAAACCGCCCCCCGGCUUCUCUCGGUCGCACCCGGACGGCCGGCCUUUGACAGAGGCCGAUGUCGAGGCUCAAGAGGCCAGCCAAAAGGCCAACCGUCUGGCCACCCCGGAACCCAAGAACUUUGGCGUCGCCUUCCCCGACAACCUGCCCACCCCGCCGUUCGUCCAUGUCCAGGGCGUGCCCAACUUCCGGGAGCUAGGUGGAUAUCGGUGCCAGCCUCCUUCGUCAGCAUCAGACUCGGCGGCAGAUGGGUCGCCGACGUCCACCUACGCUCUCCGACGAGGGCUGCUGUUCCGCUGCGCGCACCCCACACACCUGACCCCGACCGGGGCGGAGUACUUGACGAAGACACUCAAUGUACACGACGUGUACGAUCUACGGUCCUUGCCGGAGAUCACUCGGCUAGCAGCCACGGUGACCAACAGUGGGAAGGACGUGUACCCAUUGGCGGACCCGAAGACGGGAUGCGUCGAUCACUACCCUGGUCUGACCCGACAUUUCACCCCCGUCUACCAGACCGAAGACUACGGGCCGGUUGCGCUGGCGACCAAGCUGGCCUGGUACACGACGGUGCACAUGCACGAUGAAGAGGUUGGGUUUGCCUACUCGGAGGGCUUUGUUAAAGCGUAUCGCGACAUCGCCACCCACGGCGCCACCCAAGCAUACGCUGUCAUGUUCCGGCAUUUGCUCGAAACCCCGUCCGACCCGUUGCUGUUCCACUGCACGGCCGGCAAGGACCGCACGGGGGUGUUUGCCGCGCUGGUGCUCAAGCUGAUCGGCGUCGACGAAGAUACGAUUUGCUGGGAAUACGCGCUCACCGAGCCCGGCUUGGGUGAGUGGCGCUCCCAGUUCAUCGACCGCAUGACCCAGACAGGCCUGGGCAGCGGUGGAGGAAGCAAUGCUCCGGACCGGCCGCAGAAGAUCUACAUUGGCAAGGACAGGCCGGGCAUGACCCGCGAAGAGGCCGCCCUAAUCUGUGGCUCGCGCGCCGGCAACAUGCGUGCCUUCCUCAAGACCGUCCUUGAGGCCGAGUUUGGCGGCGUCGAGAAGUACCUCGUCGACAAAUGCGGUUUGAAUCCCGACGAGGUCCAGCGGCUGCGCGAUAGUUUGAUUGUCAAGCUUCCCGAGGACCAGGUGGUUACGCCCAGCGCGAUCGAUGGCUGGACCCCGGAUGGGGGAUGUGUUGACUGA